GCGGGGGAGUUGCUGGUUAACAAUAGAUUGUAACAUGGCUAUUGUUUAGUUCUACAUGUUACUUAAUGAUCCCCAUGUGCAGUCAGAAAAUAUUUUCCUUGCUAACCGUUACUUGCUAACCGUUAUAGUUUUGGAAAUAUGCUAAUUCAAACUUACCCGAAAAUUGCUGUAAAUUGCUUUCCUAGGUAUGGGAGGAAGAAAAUUCAAACUUUACAAAAAAAGUGUGCUGUCAUGUUCAAUUAAUCAUGUUCAAUUAAGCUAACACCUGAUAUCGCUAACACCUGAUAUCAAAGUAUUCCCGAUAUCAAUUCCUCUCAAGGCACUGGAGCAAGACACAGACGACACAGACUACACAGUGAAGCUUCCUAUCCAACACUUUUUUUCCGCUCCGCUCCUUACUACACAGGCGUUGAAACUGAGGCUAGAGAAGAAUGAGGCUAGAGAAGAAAACUCUUCCACUUCUUGCUGUUGUGCAAAAUGAGCCUGGCUGAAGGUAUACAUGUAGCACCAGUUGUACAGGUUUCUCUGCGCAUUAAUGAGAAGAUCUCUCGUGGAGCGUUUCAUUUGUUGGUCGAAUCAUUCCUCCGAAUGCACCAUCAAUGUUGAGCCUCCCACCAACGAUCAACCAUCGAUGACAUGACUACCCUGCUGGAUUUUUUCGCCAACUGUCAACUUUGCUGUGGUAGCAAGGAAGAGAAACUGUUGAAUGUAAUCAAACACAAGGACUCAACACUCCAAGGUCAAAACUCUGCAACGAUUGACACAUCCUCGUGUCAGCCCACAGUGAGGCAUAGAGACUGCCAUUACCUCCUACCACCAUCUUCUAGCUGUGUACGAUGCCCAAAAUGCACUCGCCAUCGCUCUUCUCUUCUAAUACAAUACAAUCUAAGCGCCUGGAAAAUUCUACUCCAUCAAAAAAAACCAACUAUCGAUUCCUCUCCAAACAAGGACUUGUUGAUCGAGUACAACUGGUUCACUCACAACUGGUUCACUCACAAGUGAAAGUGAUGACAAAAAGAAAUUUGAGACUGAAGAAGAAACUCGAAACUCAAUUCGAAGAAAAUGGUAUGACUGAUGACUGUGAGUGAGGAGACACACAAUGACCUCGCUACAGUUAUUGAGAGGAAUUCCGACAUAGUUGACUCUCUGCCUCCCAACUCAUUUCAACGCCUGUUCUGGGAGCAGCAAUUAAUAGCCAUGUCCAAGCCAAGUUCGAAGGCCAAGGGUGUACGUUACCAUCCUCUCAUGAUCAGAUGGUGCUUGUAUCUUCAGUAUCAUUCAAGUGGAGCGUAUAAUCUCUUGAGAGAGAGUGGGAUUCUAGCCGCACCCUGCGUGAUUAUACUCAUUUCGCUAGUGCCAAGCCAGGAUUUUCAGUCAAGGUGGAUAAGAUGUUAAUCGAUGCUUCUAAGGUUGCUAGUUGUCCAGAGCGAGAAAAAUACGUACUGCUUCUCCUGGACGAAAUGCACGUCAAAGAAGAUUUAAUUUUCAACAAGCAUUCGGGGGAGCUGAUUGGAUUUUCCAAUCUUGGUGACAUCAACAACCAUUUGGAAGUCUACUUACGGUCUCUUGACACUGACAUUGAACAGUCACCUCCCCUUGCCAGAUCUGUCAUGGUAUUUAUGGUGCGAGGGCUAUUUACGAAGAUGCAGUUUGCGUACGCACAGUUCCCGUGUUGCUCUCUGACGGACGACAAACUGUACGCACCAUUCUGGAAUGCUCUUUCCCGGAUUGAAAACUGUGGACUAAAGGUGCUAGGUGUCACAAUGGACGGGUGUGCUGUCAACAGAGGAUUCAUGAAGUUGCACCAAUCCUCCGACUCAUUUUUCUACAAAAUCACGAACCCCUACACCUCAGAGAGUCGGCCAAUUUUUUUCUUCUCAGAUCCUCCUCACCUUAUGAAAACCGUAUGAAAACCGCUAGAAAUUGUCUAUUCUCUACAAAAAGAGAACUGUGGAAUGAGGGGAAAGACAUCACGAGGCAGCACGUUGUGACUCUUUAUGAAGAGGACCAGAGGGGUGGUCUGGGUCUAAGAGUCCUACCCAAGCUUAAGUACGAGCACCUUCAUAUGACCUCUUUUUCCAAAAUGCGAGUGGAUUUAGCUGCACAGGUGUUGAGUGAGUCCGUUUCAAAGGCACUUACUUUAAGGGGUGGAGAGGCAGCCGAAGGAACAGCCUGUUUCUUGCUACUCAUGGAUAAAUUCUUUGAUUGCACAAAUGUGAAGAAGUAUUCAGCUGGUGCCAGGUCACGCAAACCAUUUCAGCUACCCUACUUAAGUGCGGAGGAUGAGAGGCUAACAUGGCUGAAGGAUGUCUUCUUGGUAUAUCUGGACAACUGGGAGAUUUCUGUCAAAGAGAGAGGGGCUUUCAACAAGAGGGAGCAGAACAAGAUGCAGCUGAGCCAAGAAACAUUGCUAGGACUUCGAAUGAAAACCAUUUUUCUGUUCAGUUUUCUCUCUUAUCGAGUUGGUGAGAUUUGUAUUUACAAUUCCUGGGGUGAAGUCAUUUCUUACUCAAAGGAUCUGCCAAGACCCCCUAGAAAAUUUUUUUGGAUGUCAAAGACAAAGGGGAGGGACACACGACAAUCCCACCGUUGCCGAAUUUGAAAAAAACAUGCAGGCAUUAAGAGUGAUCAAUUCCUCAAGGUCUACCCAAAUUCCUCAAGGUCCUGCCAAGGGUAAUUGCAGAGGAUUUAGUAAUGAAAGUAUUUUGACUGAUAAAGAGAACACACCAUUACCUAACACACCAUUAUCUAAACGUCGCAAGACUAGAAAAAAUUAAUUUUUGUAAUCACAUACCCGCAUUGCCAAUUUCUAUAUAUCCAUGCGAUGCAUGCAGCUGUUUUCCCAACAUUAAAUUUUCAUGUUAUAAGGGCCAUUA